AACAGAGGGCGCUAUACAGCACAUGCGGUGCGCCGUCCGCAAAUGUGCCACUUUGCAAUAAACUUUGUAGUUCAUAGUUCGGGUAUACAAAUCAAGCUAAACGUAAAAAAUGACAGGUGUAACUUCAUUACCCCCUUGUUCUCCUGAUGGUCUUAAAACAAAGGUUUUCGGCUCUUUGUCAGCCGCUGUUACUGUCAGAGUCGAGCCAGUUGGACGUUGGUUCGAGGCCCAUCUACACAGACGUCACCACCACCACAAUCUGUCCCACACCUCCGGCUCGCUGGGGUCCGAUUCCUCCUCGGACAGCUCGGAUGAUGACCUGGAGUAUGAUGAGGAUGACUCCAUGCUGCUGACCCUUGACCCAAAGGAAUGGAAGAAUCAGGACCACUAUGCAGUCCUGGGACUGUCCAAAGUCAGAACGGAGGCCACAGCUGAUGACAUUAAACGAGCCUACAAACGAAUGGUCCUGAAGCAUCAUCCGGAUAAGAGAAAGCCCAAAGAUGGAGUGUCCAAGCCAAGACAAAGCGGAGAUGAUGACUACUUCACUUGCAUCACCAGAGCAUGGGAAACCCUCGGCAACAGGACCAAGAGGAGGUCGUACGACAGCGUGGAUCCGAGCUUUGACGACAGCAUCCCGUCAGUCAACAACAACUCCAAAGAGAACUUCUUCAAGGAAUUCACCAAGGUCUUUAAAAGGAACGCAAGAUGGUCCAAAAAGAAGAGAGUGCCACUUCUUGGGGAUGAAAAGGCAACACUUGAAGAGGUCAACAAAUUCUACAAUUCUUGGUAUGACUUUGACUCCUGGAGGGAGUUCUCCUACUUGGAUGAGGAGGAGAAAGAGAAAGGAGAAAACAGGGAGGAGAGACGUUGGAUCGAGAGGCAGAACAAGACGGCAAGACAGAGUAGAAAGAAGGAGGAAACGGCUAGAAUAAGACAGCUUGUUGAUAACGCCUACGCCUGCGACCCGAGAAUCAAGCGGUUCAAGGAGGAGGAGAAAGAGAAGAAAGCAGCGGAGAAGAAAGCCAAGCAAGAGGCAGUCAGAGCCAUGCAGAUGGAGAAGGAGAGAGAGAAACGAGAGGCCAUGGAGGCAGAGCGAUUGGCCAAGGAAAAGGAGGAGGAGGAAGCCAAAGCAAAGGCUCAGGCAGCUAAGAAGGAAAGAGAAGCGGCCAAGAAAAUCCUGAAGAAAGAGCGCAAAAUGCUCCGGGAUAUAUGCAAGAAAAAUGAGUACUAUGCAGAAUCAGAUGCAGACAGAGUGACACACAUGGCAGACGUGGAGACGCUUUGUGAUAGAUUAUCAGCAGUCAACUUGCAGUCACUCAAUGAAUCCUUGUCCAAAGCAGACCAAUCAGCCGCUGCGGAAAUCUUCUCUAAACAGGUGUCGGGCAUGCACGCUGAGAUGGAGAAAGAGAGGCAGGAGGACCUGAGGAAACUCCAAGAGGCGCAGUCCAGUAAAGGAGGGGGCGGGGCAUCCAGCGGGGGAGGGAAGAACUGGAGUAACGAGGAGGUCCAGUUGCUGGUCAAGGCCGUCAAGAUGUUCCCAGCUGGAACAGUCUCAAGGUACGAAGUGAUUGCCAACUUUAUCAACCAACAUUCCCCGUCAGGCAACAGCAAGACAGCAAAAGAUGUCAUCAACAAAACCAAAAAUCUGCAAAAGCUUGACAGUGCACAGAAGGAGGAGGUCAACAAGAGAGCUUUCGACAAGUUUGAGCAGACCAAGGGCAAAGCCAAGAAACACGAUGUGAUGGCACCGUCAGAACGACUCGAUGUCGCUGACACGGCCGAACAAAAGAAAGCGGCAGAGACCGUGGAAGGACCCAAGCCGUGGAGCACCGAUGAGCAGAAACGACUGGAGCAAGCGCUGAAGACGUACCCAGCCAGCACCAAGGAUAGAUGGGAUCGCAUCGCUGAGACGGUGCCGGGACGAAGCAAGAAGGAAUGCAUGCUCAGAUACAAGGAGCUGGUAGAGAUGGUCAAAGCUAAGAAGGCAGCGCAGGCCGCAGUGGGGAAGAAAUAAGAAAUCGCCUGAAGAAGGCUUUCAUGAAGACAGGUCUGAUCUUAGACUCCUUGCAUCUGAUGUCACAUCUGAAACCAAGGCUUUGUUUUUCUUUUGAAGCCCAUGAGUAGACACUGUUCUUUU